CCGAAGUAGUUGAUCAAACCUAAUCGGUGUGAGAGCAAAGCAUUGGAAAAAGUAAAUAUUGGAACUAGGUUUAUGUACUCGGAUACAUUGACAGAGACAAGUCCCGUCGGUAGCGUGUCUGUUUAUUUAAGCGGUAGGCCGUGGAAAAGCUCAAGUCAACUUUUUAAUCAGCUCAUACAAACGCCAGAGCUUUUCCUCGGAAGUGGCUUGGCAGAACUGAACGACCACUUAUCAAACUUGAUGACAGGGGAACGAGGGAUCACUGCAAAAAGAAUCGAUCCCCUUCAUAUAGUUCUUUAUAGCACGGAUCAGAGUCCAAUCUCUGAGUUCCUUGGAAGGCCAGAAUCUACUCAAGGUGGAGAAAUCAAAUGUUGGGUUCCAGCCCAGCUCCUAAAUUUUUUUAAGUACACAUCCCGUUGAAGUGCGAAACGACGCAUCAGAAUGUGAAAACAUUCACCUCAGUCCGUUGCUGGCGACAAGUCCCACUCACGGACACCUGAUAACAUGAUAAGCUUCAAGCCACACCUCCAGUUCCAAUGGCUUUUUGUCAUGGUUUGUGCGCUCUCAUUCAAUGUUGAUGGAUGCAAGUUUUCUUGCCAAAAUGACGAUCAGUGCUUGAGCAUAUAUCGAGUUUGCGAUGGGCGCAAGGACUGCGAUAAUGGUCGUGACGAAGAAGAUUGUGAAAAAUACGAAUGUCUGUCGAACCAGGUCAAAUGCCAAGACGGCCUACAAUGCAUCCGAAGUUCCCUGAUGUGUGCCGGGUCACAACCCUAUUGUCAGGAUGGAAGUGACUCCAAUCGAACUCAUUGUACCCAAUUUGAGUGUCCACCCAAACAUAGGAAAUGUCUGAACGGCUGGCAAUGCGUGAGUGAUCGAAAAUUCUGUAACAAACAGGCCCGUGGAAGAGGCCAAUACCAAUGCCUUGACCGGAGCGAUGAGACGGUUUGGGGCUGCCAUCAGGUCAACAAAACUUGCGACAAACAAAACAAAUUGUGGCCUUGUCAAAGUGGGAACAGUUCAGCCCAUUGUAUUGCCAUGACCAAAGUGUGUGAUGGCCAAGAGGGCCUGGGAACCAACAACUGUGAAGGACCCGAGGACGAACUUGACGAAUUCUGCAGAACUUGGCCUUGUCCACAGAACUACUUGAAAUGUGGGGACAGCCGUCAGUGUAUUUUGGCCGGAAACAUUUGUGAUGGACAUCCUCAUUGUGCCGACGGAAGCGACGAAGUGACAAUUCAAAUCAGGCCAGACGUUUGGGAUUCAUGCCAAGAAAAAGGAUCUCUCUGUCUCAAGUAUCCCCAGGGACACAAUUGGAAAAUCAAAGGCGAACCGGGCGCCCGAUGCGAUCCUGAAACUUGCUUGGAGGUUACAAAAUUUUGCGAUGGAACUUGCGAUUGUAGAUCGAAUUGUUUCGACGAAGAUCCCCAGUUCUGUCAGGACUGGCAUUGUGCUGAAGGCUAUUUCAAGUGUCACUCGUCAGGUUUGUGCAUUCGCGAGGAUCAAUUGUGCGAUGGAAACUUUGACUGCGGAACAGAUUCAUCGGAUGAAUCUGAUUGUCCUUGUCUUCAGCACGAUAGCUCAGUAUACUUCAGAGACUUGCUGGUUCCAUUUUUGGCUCAAGAUUGCGGCAGUAUCAGUUUGGAUUGUCAUUGUCUUCGGAGCGCCACGAUCGAUGCCAAGGUUGAUUCUGGGAGCAAGUUGGUGUACCUUGGUAUUGCUCCGUGUGGCUUGGAGAAUUGUUCCCUUGCCACCGUUGAGCUUGAUUUCAAGGACCCUGCGAUCAAGUGUCAACCUCACAAGAGGCAUCUAAGUCUGGAAGAGACGUGGCAAACCACCGGAGGCUAUGAGGCUAAAGUGAGUCUUCCUUUGGCUUUAGAAGGGUACACUUACGUGGUCAAAACGGAAAACUCGACGGAACCCCGUUUAUCUUGCUUGACAACCCGAGCUCUGGCUUCCGAAAUGGAGGAGAGGAUAUUCUCACAAAUGUUGGAGCCCAAUCAAACGACAGCGGCAUCUUGCCAAUGCAAUUUCUCACGCAUUGGGCGAAUAGGAUUUUUCAACGAGUAUAAACUGCCUUCAUCUUUUCACGUGGAUACUCGCGAUUAUUUCUACAAUGUCGUUUACAAAACAGUCGGACAGAACGAGCUCCUUUACACCACGGAUCCGAACUGCAUUUUUCAUGGAUCUCACAUUCAUUGGAACCAAGUGUAUCCGACAAUUUUCUACGGGACUGGCCAUCAAACCGAGAAGGAUAACAAAAACUUCCCAUUGAACUUGUUCCUUUACCAUCCCAAUUGGUACUGUGAGGCUCCUCUAGAUAAGGUCAAACUGAAUUUGUUAACUCUGAUGAGUUUCGCUCGGUCGGGAAAAAUGAAGACGAAAGAAAACAAUCCUUGGCUGACUCUAUCAGAAACAGAUCAACUCUUUCUUGAGGCUGCAAUUUGCGAGCUAGACAGCCAAACGUUCGAGUACAACUACAAUGGCAGUGUCGUAACAUAUCUAAUCAUGGCCAAGAAGUCGCCCAAAAUGUCGACUAACUUCACGAUUGCCAACCAAAGGCUAGAUUUGUAUGCUCUGCACAAGUUGCCUGAUCUGAACAUAACCAAGGUGAUCAACAUCUUGGUGGAUUCAUGGGAUGGCUGGACUCUGCCCAAAGUGGCGAAUGCCAAACUUUUGCAUGAAUUAUUUGUUGAACAGCGACAUAACAACAGCCUUCAGAAUUUCGUGUUCUCGAGACUUUUGCUUCCUCGAAAAGUUCGAGAUUACGUCCAGACUAUCGGCUACACCAACUUAAACGAUGCCUUGAGGAAAAAUGACGUCAAAACGGAUCUGACUUUUUUCCGCGUUUGCGACCAAGAAUCGUGCGACUUGGAUCCAAUCCGCGAUCCAAGUCACAUUCAGAAGUCUCUAUCGGCACGGUGGUCCAGAAACUGCCUGAAUGUGGAUAUUGGCAUGGAUAGCUUUGCCAUUCAGGCCAGUAAAGUUGAUACCUAUUACAUAAUUAUUGACAUGAACGACACGAAGUUGACCAGCGAUCCUCAGCAAGUAACCGACCAAGUGGAUGUGCACAUAAAGCCUUUACUGGGGGAUGGGAGGGAUAGUCCCUUUUAUCCCCAGACUAAUCUCGUGGAGGUGGACGGUCAGAUCUUUUGCACUAAUGACAAGAUCACCAUUUUCCCGUCUUUCUACGUGUCCACAUUGGUGUCUGCACUUAUACACAACAAUUCCCAGUGCGUGAACGAGUUGUGCGAUUACCAGGAAUUAUAUUUUGAGGUGGACGAAUUCAGCUUUUUGGGACCAUUCAAUGCUAUCUGGGAAUCCCAUUGCUUCGAGGAAUUCGGUUUCGAGCUCAUUUCAGACAUUUUCGAGUCCAAAGACCAAGGCGUACUCACCAUCAACAAGUUCUGGGCCUUUGAGCAUUUCAAUUACAUGAUCUUCUCGAAGACUCGAGAAACCAAGCAUGUGGAGUCCACCUACCUUUCCGGGCACAUUUUUGCACUCGAGAUAGCACUCGGGACUCUCAUGUCUUCAAUUUGCUUGAUUGCCAUCUUCGGGAACCUGGCUGUCUUUUUGGCCAUCAUGAUUGACCCUACGGCGAAAAAGACCAUCUAUCAAUACCUUCAAAUGAGUUUGUGUCUAGCCGACGUGCUAAUGGGUUUGGCGGGUGCAGGUUCCAUUGUCUUCACUCAAUUUGGCCUUCUCUUUGGUAGAGUGACAAUAAACGAUUUUAUUGAAGCGGAUGCAUUCACCGCCAGCUUCAAAAGUCCAGAGCAAGCCCAGAGAUCCGGAUUGAAUCAGUUCUAUUUUAUUACAUCCAACGUCAGCCUCGUCCUUUGCGGAGCCCUUGUCAGUUUGUCGACCACGGUGUCACUUUUGCUCUUAUCAGCCAUGGCUUUUACCCGCUACCAAGUGGCCUCGUCAUCAUUCCGUCAACACCGAAUAUUUUCAUGGGCCACCAAGCAUCCGGGCAUCGCGUCUAGUCUACCCUGGUUCGUGGGACUAACAUUCACCUCCCUUCAUUUCUUUGAUAUAUUUAGCAUGCAACUGACGUUCCAAGCUUUUUUCGACCCCAUAUCGAAACUAACUAUCUUACUCCCGUCAUCAACGCGACCUUUGAACUUUUACAUUCAGACCAGCAUCGGUGGAAUGGUCAGUCUGGUCACCAUUUGGUACUCCAUAAAGGCAUGGAAAGAAAUCAAUAAGAAUGCCAAGGAGAUCCAAGAGCGAGGAAUGAUCAGUCAACAAGAUCAGAUGCAGCGACGACUGAAGGAGGAGCGGAGUUGGAUGCAUUUGACAGCCGCCAUCAUCAUUGGCUUCGUCAUCUCCGUGGUCCCAGUCUUCAUCUUCUACAUGCUAUCUAUUUUUUCCAUCGCAUGCCCACCCGUGGUCCAGUUGUUUGUAUGGUGGCUGCUCGUUUCAGGCUCAUUCCUGAAUCUCAUCAUCUACACCUUUUUGAACAAGAAGAUGAAACGCUCCCUGCUUUUAUCUUGGCGUCACGUCGUAUUGAGAGUACGUUCCAUUUACGUGAACGCCUCUGAUUCGAGCGACUCACAAAUGGGUCUACCCGAUUUCCGUCGGAUGUCCAGUGGCGUGACCCAAGUGACCAGAGCGACCGAGUUGGAAUCCAAGCUACGUUAG